AUGGGAGUUGUAGCUAGUGCUCUGAAUUUGUGCACAGAUCAGGGGAAGAGUCCGAGAGAUUGUAGCUAUGAGUGGCAUAUUGAAAAAUCAACAGUUUUUAAAGAAAAGAACUUGAUAAGUUAUGAAGGAGAUAGUUUGGAUAACAAGGAAGAAUUAAGUAAAUCACAAAUUAUUAUUUUACAAAUCUCUGAAAGUGAAAAGCAAACUAGCCCUGACAAGAUUGAAAAGUGAAACUUAUCUGAUUCUGAAGAGUAUGCUCCUGAAAAUGUACAAUCUGAAGAUAUUCAACAACAAACAAAGCAGAAUGAAGAACAGAAAAAUCAACCUAAUAUCCCCACUCUGGCGCACCUAGCCUCCCAAGAAUCCCUCCUCCAAAACUCCCUCACUUCCUUCUUCCUUACUCUCCACUCUCCAAUCCAUGACAGCCGCUACUCCUGCACACUGCUUCUUCCUACUACCGAUAACUUCACUGUGAACCUCAGUUGUCAUGAAGCCAAACUCUUCAUGCGAAGCAUGAAGAGUUUGGUGCUUCCAGAACUGAAGUCGAUCAGAGUGGAGAAUUGGGGUAGGGAUAAGAGGAGUGUGGAGGAGGGGUUCUGGGGGAAGAGUUUUCCGAGGAAGUGUUGUAGCUUCAUAUUGACAACCAAUAGUUUAUGAAAGAUCGAUAGGAGCAUGAAACAGAUCCUAGCAGUAAGCUGGAAGGUAUCUGUUAAACUUUAUCUGUAUCAAUUCAGAAUUAAGCAGAAACAUUUUAUGAAAAUUUUGGUUGCUGCUAGGAAUAUGUUAGAACUGUGCAUUCAUUAUUGUGUCGUGGAAAUGGAAAGUAGCCCAAAUUUUGGUAAAGCUUUGAAUGGAAGUAAUAUUAGGUUGCUGAUGCUCUGGGAAAGUAGAAUAAUUGGUCCUAAAGGGAUUGAAGAUAGCCUUGAUGGCUUUGAGAAUUUGAUCGAUGGGCUUUCAAAAUCAGAAGAUUUUAAGAGAAAGCUUGAGUAUCUGUAUGUUUCGAGCCAAAGUAGCAAGAAGCAUUUGGAUAGAAUAUUGAAGAGUUAUGGAUUGGGCAAAGUAAAGCUUCAUACCAUAUAAACUGGAAC